GGCGCGUGUCCCCGCGCCCCGCGCUCGCCCGCUCUGCCCCGCCCCGCCCCCCCGGGAAUGGCGGCCGCGCUGGAGCUAGUGCUGCGAGAGGAGGUGGCGCCCGGCGCCCUGGUGCACUGGCUCAAGCACGACCCCGGGCGCCGCUCGGCCGAGGAGAACCAUAUCCAUGAAAAGCUGGUAUCUCUUAGUUUGCCUCAGAAAGACUUUGUGCCUUUCUUCUUGAAUUUUUUAAGGGAGCAAACCGGUCAGAUCCUGACCAAUGGGCCUUCCACCCCUGCAAAAACACCGAAUUCCAAGGCCCUUGGAAACUCUGCUGGCCGUGGGAGCCAAAGGAGAGGCUCAGAAAGGAGGGCAGGAAACACAACAGGGUCAAGCAGCAGCCGAAUGCAGCUCUUUACCCAAAAAGGCUCUGCUAACUCCUGUUCCCCAGAUACCAGCUUUGCCCCUUCUGCUGUGUCAGGUGGCUCUCCUGCAUUUACUGGAUCAAACCUGUCUAGCCCCAGCAGUGAUUUCCCUAGUGUGGUCUCCAGUGUGAGCCCAAGCUUUGGUUGCAGCCCUGUAUUUAACCACAGUGAGAGGCGCUCAGCUCAGAAGGCCAACUUGGGGAACUUUUUUGUGGCCAUGCCAGAAGUUCAGCCGACAAGGCGAGGCAGAAGAAAGGGCAACAGCUCCACCAGUACCUCUAGCCGGCAGGUGGCUCGGGAUCUUGGACGAUGUCUUGCUGAUGAGGAGGAUGGGAAGAGUGAUAACACUUCAUGGAGUGGAGGGAGGAAGAAGCGCAAUGAAGUGUUGGGUGUCUCUGCCAGUUCCCCACCUGAUCAGCUGAACCUCAACAACUUGGAGGAGUUCCCACCCAUGUGCGCUUCUUCUGGCUUCACAAACAAAAGUAAGCCAUCAAGACGAAUUAACCCCACUCCAGUGAGUAUUGAGCGCCCGCUCUCUAAACCCAAGAUGUGCUUCACUUCUACACCAGUCAGCCAAUCUCCAGCUGCUCGGUUUCCAUCUGGAGCAAGUCAUGAAGCCUUUGUGACCAUCCAGGAAGGAAAUGUUGCUUCCACUGCAGGGAGCAGCCUUCAAGAGGAGAGAGAGAUGCUGAAGAAAGAACGAUGCAAGUUGCUGCACCAGGCUUCUUCUCCUGCAGGCCUGUCUCUGGAGCCCAGCACUCCUACCAAGCUUAGCUACACUCGAAGUGCAAGCCUCCCUCCUGAGGGCCAUCUGAUGACCUGUGCAUAUCUCAGUAAGGUCUCCUGCAAAAAGCAACUAGAUCAGCUGGCCUUGCUUUAUUCAUCUUGUAUAGCAGAAAACCUGGUUCCGAACAUCUUCCUGGAGCUCUUUUUUGUUCUGCAGCUGCUAACAUCCAGGGGAAUAUCUGCAGAAGAUGGAGAGAGUGAUCUGGAAUUCAAUCAAGGAUGUAAAGGUGCAGUAGAGAGGCAGCAUUUUCAUAAUGUGCACAACUGUGUCUAUUUUGCUGUCCAGGUCUUGGAUCGUCAGUAUGAACUUAUUUCCCACUUAGAGAAGGGGACCUUGAAACUCUUGGCUGAGAACGAGCGGAUUGCGUCCUUUUCCCCUCACCUGCACAAGAGGCUGAGGCAGGCUUAUGAAAGCAGCACAGCCAAGGUUUCUCUCCUGCUGCCUUCAUCUGUACAAUCUGUUUCUUUCCAGCCAGAAACUGAUAAUCGCUCUAACUUUCCCAGUGACAGGGCAUUUCAUAUUUUUAAGAAGCAAAGGGACAUCUUCUAUGAGUUGCUGCGUGAAUGGGAAGAUAACCAUGAAAAACCAGCUUGGGAUUUUGAAAGAGUCCUGGGCAACAAGAUCAGGGCUAUGAUGGCUCACCUUACAGCAACUUGUAACCACAGCCAUUUUGCCAGACUCUUUCAAAAACAGAUUAUCCAGAUGUGUAAAGGUCCCGUUGGUGGUGGCACAAGCUGGGGAGACACCCCAGACCAGGACGUCCUUAAUAUGUUGGGCUGUGAUGAUCUGAGUCGGCUGAAGAGGCUGCAGGAGAGAUUUGUCGCUCCUCAGAGCAUCAGAGGGCCUUGCCCACCCCCUUCCUUCCCAGGGUGCCAGCAAUUCUUCAGGGACUUCAUCCUCAGCGCAGGAAGCUAUCAGUUCAAUCAACACCUCAUGGAUAACCUGUGCCUAAAAAUACUUGAGCUGGAUGGCCUUACUUUGGUAGAGCAUGAGCCUAGCGAUGGUGAAGCAGACAUGGAGGAACAGGAUGAAAAGAAACAUUUCACCGUUGUCCUGAUGAGCCUCCGGCUCCUGGCAAAAUUUCUUGGAUUUCUUGUUUUCCUUCCGUAUCGCACAGUGGAGCCACCAACAAGAGACUUGCACGAGUCUGCAGUGGCAUUAAGAAAUCAAAGCCUACCUGUACUGGAUGUAUUGAAACUCCUGCAGCGAGCUAUCCAGGGCCGGCGUACUAUCCUCACUAUACCUUGGAUUGUGGAGUUCCUCUCCCUCGUAGAUCAUAUUGCUCCUUUUCUUGACUACUAUGGGACAGUAUUUUCCCUCUUGCUGCAAGUGUACAGAUGGGCUGUACUACUAACCUGGUAUGUUUGCUGUGGCAUUGGAAUUCCAAGACCUCCGGGCUUCGGCCUGCAUGUAGGAUGCCUGCCAGUGGAUUUGGGAGUUUCUGAAAUCCAAGGGUCCAUGGUACCCUCUGAAGAUAAGGAGAUGAGUUUCCUAAACAAGCUGUUGAUCCUUGCAGUGUUGGGUUGGCUUUUUCAGUUUCUGUUCCAGAUCCCCUCUGUCCCAGAGGAGCUGUUCUUUACCAGUGAAGUCAGACAGGAUGGAUUGAUGAUGGAUACCAUGUCAUCUGCUCAGGCCUUGGAUUCUGCAACUUUGGUGGAUCAGCAGUUACUUUAUACCUGCUGUCCAUAUCUUGGUGAGCUGCGGAAGCUGCUGGCCUCCUUUGUGGCAGGCAGUGGAGCAAAGAAUGGUGGCUUUAUAAGAAAAAUAACCCCAACAGCUGCAGAGUCCUUGGCACCCAAACCUUCUGUCACACAGCAGAAACUGCAGGCAGAGCUGGAGCAGGCCUUCUUCCACAAUCAGCCCCCAUCACUGCGGAGAACAGUGGAAUUUGUGGCAGAGAGGGUGGGAUCCAACUGUGUUAAGCAUAUCAAGGCCACUCUGGUAGCAGAGCUUGUCAAAAGGGCAGAGGUCAUGCUGCAGGAAAAAGUGAAGGAGGACAAUACUAAUCAUGACAAACUGCUAGAUGAGGUGUGCACUCAGCUUUAUGAAGAAGGGGCACAGGCUUUCCUCAAAGGCAGAGAAUUUUGCAGGAAGAAAGGUCCUGAAGCUGUGAGAGUUCUUCUGCCAGAAGAGACGUCUGCAGCUGUCCUGAGCAGUGCAGAGGAUAUUGCAGUGAGGCUGGCUACUGAAAAGGCAUGUACCUGGCUCUCCACCAACAUCACAGCACUGAUCAAAAGGGAAGUGAGGACCACAUUCAGUCGAAUGCUGAAAAUCCAGGGUCCUUCCUUACCUAGUGAGGAUACACAAGAGAUGAAGAAGGACUGCCCUCCAGGAUGCCAGCAUCAUGCUCCAUUUCCCUCUGAAAUCAUCAAUGAGAUCAAAGAUGUUCUCUGUAUUGCUGUGGGACCAAGGGAUGGAGAUGAAGCGAUUCAUUAUGCCCAUCUGGAGUGCUUGUUGGAGAAGCUGAGUCAAACACUUCAAUGCAGAAAGUUCAUGUGUCCUACCUCGGAACAGCAGCUGGCUAAGUGUACCAUAGAGUUGGCUUCUCUUUUAGUUUCAGACCGCAUUCCGAUCCAAGGUCUUGAGCUUCAGACCCAGAAAUACCCUGAAAGACAGCGAUCAAAGAAUCAUCCCAUCUGCAACCUCCUCACAUCGCUGCUCUCUGUCUGGAAGGAAGAUUUUGUGAUGCUUGUUCCAGUGCAGCUGAUCUUCAGCAAGAAGAACGUUGGCUAUGUUGCAGAAGCUAAGCAGCGAGAGUGGGACUUGUUCCUGUUCAUGCUUCAUGGCCUGGUUGAGUACAAUCUGAUGGGAAAUGCGGAGAUAGAGAGCUACUUGCAAAGUCUCCAGGAAUUUGCCUGGCCCUCAGACUUCUUAAAAGAGCUGGAAACUCUGUCCAGAGUGUUUGAAUCUGAGCUUCAUAUAGAAGAACUCAGGACUAAUCCUUGUGAAUUGGUGAGACAAUCUCUAGGCGCUGUGACAGCACAAAGCUAGUGCAGGUCAUCAUGCUACAAAUUAAGGAACUCAUGGACUCAAGCUGUGGAACUGUAUAGUAUUGCUAAAUGCAUUCAGUGAGCCUCUUGCUGGGAGUCCACUGCGUUGAAGUGUAGUUUGUGCAAAAGCUGCACCAACCUUUGCCUUUCCAGGUGUGACAGGAAUGCACAUUCUUCAAACUGUUUUGAGGGAUUUACAUAAGCAGAUGAAAAUGUUUCCCAGAAAUUGGUCUCUGAGUUGUAAACUCUUAAGCACCUUAAUGAGAUUCACAGCAGAUGAUCUUGACUCAAUAAAAACACCUUUCACUCUCAUACAGCAAGAGGCUGAGCAGAGCUGGGCAUCAGUUUGUAUGAACAAAACCCACUUCAUGGCUCAAGUGAUAGAUUCCUGUUGGCUUCCCAAGGUGCCAUUCUCUUAAUUUAAUGCUCCAAACAGCAUGAUUUCUCACUGACUCUGUUAGAAAAGACUGCUGCCAUAGGAGCCCAGAUGAAAUUUCAUUUCAAGGAGAUGAGACUAUAUUUAUUUUUCCCCAAGUGCUCAAGCUUGAAGGUUUGGUUUUUUUAAGUUUUUAAGAUUAUAUUUUAAAAAUGAAAUCACCUUAAAAAUGCACCAGAGCAUUGGAUUGGGAAGUACUUUUAAAGGACAUGCAUGUCUCACUCAAGAGAAGCAGAACUUCUAUUUCAUGGUUUUUAUAGAACUGAGGGGGAAAUUAUCUGCUUAUUUUUUUUACUGGGGACAGAUGACAGUAUUUUAAAAAGCAUCGUUUUUAUAGUAACAAAUUUUAAAUGCUAUUUAGCUGCUGUUCACUGUUUUCAUAACUCCGUUUGCCUUGAUUUUGGAGUAUACACACCCACACACACCUGGUCCAGUGGGAUGUGUCAACUGGAGCAGCACUAGGCUGAAAGUGUCACAAAAAUCCCAGACCCUGGGUGGUUUACAGGAAGCAGUUGUUUUCAUGGCAUAAUGGUGGGCACUGUCUGCCUUCAGAGAUCCACAUUGACAAGGAAAUUAUCAAUAAGCAGCAUGUCCAAUUUCCAUUCUCUUCCUAAAUAUAGUGUUCUAUGUGCUGAGGACUGUUUGGCCCUUUUUAAUCAAUAUAGAGAAGUCGCUUAUCAGAGAGGUUGCAUAGGAUUCACCUUUCCAUAUAAUGAAGUGUUUUUUACUGUGCCCAACCUGUAGAUAGCGUCCCUUUUUUGUCAAUAAACGUGGUUUAGUUACAAAGCAAACACUUGUUUUAACAAAAAAUGCAGCUAGCCAAAGUGAAUCCCAGGGCCAUUUUAGAUUGAUUUCCCUUGCUUUUAUGGGAUAAAAAAAGGCAAUAUCAAGGAGUUAGUUUCUCCUUUUAAAAAAAACAAAUGUUAGGUUAGACUGGCUGCAGUUAAAACCUAGUGCACACAGAUAGACAAUCUAGAGAGGAUCAUGCCCAUCUUGUUUCAACUGUUCCAGGUAAUUUUGUGAUCUACUCAGGUUACUGAGUACUGGGUUGAAGGAGACUGCAGAUACCAGGUAUCUGUGUUGUUAUAAUGUGUGUGGAUUUGGGUUUUUUAAUGGUCUGUAUCAUGUAAAGGUUGUUGCCCAGUAAUACUGUAUUGUGUGUACAACGAGGCUGCAGCAAUAUGAACUGAAAUAACUAGUGCUCCAUGCUGCUACACACUCGCUUCUUGGAGUUUAGUAUUAAAGGACCGUUUCACUGUUGAUAUCUUAAUGAGCCUGUCAACUUGCCAUAAUAAACAAGUAUUGAAAUAAA